AGCCGCCGCCCUGCGGAGCCGCCGGGACACGCACCCGGUAACGGCGGGACGGCACCGCCACCGAGCGGGGACAGCCGCCAUGGACGACAUCUUCACGCAGUGCCGGGAGGGCAACGCGGUGGCCGUGCGGCUGUGGCUGGACAACACCGAGAACGACCUCAACCAGGGGGACGACCAUGGGUUCAGCCCCCUGCACUGGGCCUGCCGCGAGGGCCGCUCCAACGUGGUGGACAUGCUCAUCAUGCGCGGGGCCCGCAUCAACGUCAUGAACCGCGGCGACGACACCCCGCUGCACCUGGCCGCCAGCCACGGCCACCGCGACAUCGUGCAGAAGCUGAUGCAGUUCAAAGCAGACAUCAAUGCAGUGAAUGAGCACGGGAACACACCGCUGCACUAUGCCUGCUUCUGGGGACACGAGCAGGUGGCUGAGGACCUGGUGGGCAGCGGGGCCCUGGUCAGCAUCGCUAACAAAUAUGGUGAGACCCCCACAGACAAGGCCAAGACACCACUGCGAGAGGUCCUGAAAGAGCGUGCUGAGAAGCUGGGCCAGAGCCUCACCAAGAUCCCCUACAAGGACACCUUCUGGAAGGGCACAACCCGCACCCGGCCCAGGAAUGGGACCCUGAACAAACUCGCUGGGAUUGACUUCAAACAGCUGAGCCUGAGCCACAAACUGAACGAGAACCAGUCGGGAGAGCUGUGGAAGGGGCGCUGGCAGGGCAACGACAUCGUAAUCAAAAUGCUGAAGAUCCGGGACUGGACGACGCGAAAGAGCCGGGACUUCAACGAGGAGUACCCAAAGCUGCGGAUCUUUUCCCACCCCAAUGUGCUGCCGGUGCUGGGUGCCUGCCAGGCCCCUCCAGCUCCCCACCCCAUUGUCAUCAGCCAUUGGAUGCCCUACGGCUCCCUGUACAACGUCCUGCACGAGGGAACCAAUUUUGUGGUGGACCAGAUGCAGGCGGUGAAGUUCGCCUUCGAUAUCGCGCGGGGCAUGGCCUUCCUGCACACGCUGGAGCCCCUCAUCCCACGGCACCACCUCAACAGCCGCAGCAUCAUGAUCGAUGAGGACAUGACGGCACGGAUCAGCAUGGCCGACGUCAAGUUCUCCUUCCAGUGCCCGGGGCGGAUGUACGCCCCGGCCUGGGUGGCCCCCGAAGCCCUGCAGAAGAAACCAGAGGAGAUCAACCGGCGCUCGGCUGACAUGUGGAGCUUCGCGGUGCUGCUGUGGGAGCUGGUGACACGUGAGGUGCCCUUCGCCGACCUGUCCAACAUGGAGAUUGGUAUGAAGGUAGCGCUGGAGGGGCUGCGUCCCACCAUCCCCCCUGGCAUCUCCCCCCACAUCUGCAAACUGAUGAAGAUCUGCAUGAACGAGGACCCAGCCAAGCGCCCCAAGUUCGACAUGAUCGUGCCCAUCCUGGAGAAGAUGCAGGAGAAGUAGAGAGGAGGCGCCUGCCCCCUCCCGUGCUGCCUCGCGCCCCCCGCCACCCCCAAGUGCCUUCAGCCCUCGAGCCAGGGGGAGCAGAGGACACCCCUCACCCUGAGCCAGCCACGGACACACGGUACAGAUGGCACUGCCUGCGCCGGAGCUCGGCAGGCUCCGGCCCCCCGCCCAGGGCAGCCCUAGCCCAGUGCAGCCCCCUACCCCAGGCCAUGGCGUGUGGCUUGGCCCUGCCGCUGGGGGACGGGGCUGUGGGGCCCCCUGUCCCCCUUGCUGGGCAAAGCCCAACCCAGGACUCGGCCCCCCAAGGCUGCGGGGGAAGGGGCAGGCCAGGAGAGGCCACCUGUGGUGCCCAGCACUGCCCCCGCUUCGCGCUUCACUGGCCACUUCCCUCUGGCCCCACGAUGGCCACUGGCAACCAAAUAAACUUUUGGUAUGGAA